GGUUCCCAGACGGUGUAGAUUCCGGCGACGUUCGGUUGGAUUCCGGCAGCUUUUCUCAACUCCGAUUACCACUAAGAUUGUUCAUCGAAGAGAAAUUUUGGAAAGUCUAGCGAAUUAUGGCAGCAAAGCCAGUGACUAACAUUUGGAUAAGACGUCAAGAAUGUCCUUGCGGAGAUUGGAAGUGUUAUAUUAAACAUCAAGGAGAUGAUGAUCAGAGAACAUUCGGAUCAUCAUCCCUAGACAAAAACGAAGCAUCUUCUUCUUCUUCUUCAUCUGAAGUCAUUUUCACACCCUAUGUUGGCCAAAUCUUUAAAACAGAUGAAGAUGCAUUCGACUAUUACAGCACCUUCGCCCGUAAAAACGGUUUCUCCAUUAGAAAAGCACGUUCGACCGAGAGCCAAAAUCUCGGGAUCUAUAGAAGAGAUUUCGUUUGUUACAGGUCAGGAUUUAAUCAGCCGAGGAAAAAGGCAAACGUUGAACAUCCUAGAGAUCGAAAAUCAGUCCGAUGUGGAUGUGAUUCUAAAUUAUACUUGUCUAAAGAAAUCAUCGAUGGUGUUCCACAAUGGUACGUCUCACAAUUCAGUAAUAUUCAUAAUCAUGAACUAUUGGAAGAUGAUCAAGUCCGUCUUCUCCCUGCCUACAGAAAAAUUCAUGAAGCUGACCAACAGCGUAUUCUUCUCCUCUCCAAAGCUGGUUUUCCUGUAAAUAGGAUAGUAAAGGUUUUGGAAACAGAGAAAGGUGUCCAAUCAGGUCAGUUACCUUUUAUAGAGAAAGACGUAAGGAAUUUCAUUAGAACAUGUAAAAAAACUGUACAGGAAAACGAUGCAAACCUAUCUGAGAAACGAGAAACUGAUAUGGUUGAACUCGUUGAAGCUUGUAAAGCCAUGGCCUCUAAGAACGAUGGAUUCAUUUACAACUACACGAUGAUUGAAAACAGUAAAAUCGAAAGCAUAGCAUGGAGUUAUGGAGAUUCUGUUCGCGCAUUCUCGUCGUUUGGUGAUGUUGUAUCGUUCGACACGACAUACAGGUCGAUUACCUAUAACAUGAUUCUCGGGGUUUGGUUUGGUAUUGAUAAUCAUGGAAAGGCAAUCUUCUUUGGAUGUGUUCUUCUACAAGAAGAAAGUCUUCGUUCGUUUUCAUGGGCAUUGCAGACGUUUGUGCAGUUCAUGAGAGGAAGACAACCUCAGACUAUUUUAACUGAUAUGGAUGUUGGACUUAGAGAUGCUAUUGCAGCUGAAAUGCCUAAUACUAAUCAUGUGAUUUGUAUAUGGCGAAUUUCUGCUAAGUUGUCGAGUUGGUUCUCUUUGCCACUUGGUUUGCAAUUUGAAGAUUUUAAAUCCGCUUUCAACAUGGUGUAUCGAUUGGAAAACUUGGAGGAUUUUGAUCGUCAGUGGAAUCAUUUGAUCACACAGUUUGGGUUAAGUUCGGAUAAACAUGCAGCUCUUCUCUUUUCUUGUCGAGCUUCUUGGGCGUCUUCUUAUGUUAGAGGAUAUUUGCUUGUUCAUACCAUGAUGCCUGAUUAUUUGAAAUUGGUUGAUUCGUUUUUGAGGACUGUCUUGAGUGGGCAAACUUGCCUGAGAGCAUUCUUUGAGCAGGUGUGCAAUACUGUAACUUCCAUGUAUCAAAGAAAAGAAGAGAUCCAUUACAUACCGACAAAAACAUGCAUACCCAUUGAAGAACAUGCCCGCAGUAUCUUAACAUCGUACGCAUUCAGAUCAUUGCAGAACGAAAUAAUGUUAUCAAUGGAGUACGCGAUUACAGAAAUGGCCAACGGUUCGUUUCACGUCAGGCACUACAAGAAAAUGGAAGAAGAUGAGUGCUUCAUAUAUUGGUUACCACAAGAGGAAGAAGUUCACUGCUCUUGCAAAGAAUUCGAACAUUCAGGAAUUUUGUGCAGACAUUCAAUUCGGCUGCUUGUGAUAAAGAACUUCUUUCAAAUCCCGGAAAAAUAUUUUCCUAAUAGGUGGCGAUCUGAUCAGAGCUCCUUAGUCAUUAUCCCAAUUGAAGAACAAUUCGAUAACAGUAGCACCAACUGUGAGUAUUCUCAAGCGUUUCAUUCAAUUGCUGCAACUCUGUUCUCCGAAUCUAUACUUUCCAAAGAUCGUUUUACAUAUGUUCAUAGAGAACUUACUAGGGUUCUUGAGAAUGUUGGUAAUAUUCCAUUAGGUGAGGAAGUUUCUUUGCAUUUGGCACCUAAUAGUAUCAGUGAAUUGUAGGUUUAGAUUGGGCAAGACAAUACUAUUAUUCAGCUUUAUAAUCUAGUUCGAAGCUAAAGGAAUUCUACCCAUUUUGUAAGUCUUUAGUAUCUUCUUUGUAUAGGAAAAUUGGU